CCACAUUUUACCUUGAAACGGUUUCCCAGGUGGACAAGGCCAUCAUCUUUUUCAAAUGUCGGACGAAGAAGGAGAGGAAUUUGAAGAAGAAGAGGGUGUGUACUUGGGAGAAUACGAAGGGGGACGAAACGAAAGAGAAGAGCGACACGGCUACGGCAAAGCUAUUCUACCAAAUGGGGAUACAUACGAAGGUAUGUAUGAAAAUGGAAAAAGACAAGGACAGGGUGUGUAUAGGUUUAAAAACGGAGCAAGGUAUAUUGGUGAAUACCAGGAAAAUAACAAACAUGGUACUGGAACCUUUUAUUACCCUGACGGAUCUAUAUAUGAGGGUAUGUGGGCUAAUGGACAGAGGAACGGUAAAGGGAAAUACACCUAUAUAAACGGCGAUGUAUACGAAGGGGAAUGGCGUGAUCAUCUUCGACAUGGUCAAGGAACAUACACAUUUGCUCAGUCCAAAAUGCGAUACGAAGGGUUGUGGAAAAACGGAAAGAUGAAUGGCCAUGGUGAGCUUAUACACAGCCACCACAGGUACAUUGGCAUUUGGAAAGAUGGAAUGGUAUACGGCAAAGGAAGAUACGUUUUUCCGCACCUUAAUUGUCAACAAACAGGCGAGUACCUGGUGACCCCAGCAAAAGAAGAGGAGAAGUUACCAGGUGACGAGGAGAAUAAAUUAAUUCCACGAUGGAAGGCACACAAAAUCGAGCGCCUCAGCGAAGAGUCCGAAUUUAACCAAGAGAGAACAAAAACAGGCGAGACAGAUAGAAGCAUGGAGAGCGAGAAAGCACCGGAGGUGACCGUCGAGCCUCCAGCGGAGAAGCCAACGACUCCUGUCACCACCGACUUAGAUGCUGCUCAGCCGUCGGAGGCCCUUCCUGAGACGGAUGUUACAACAAUAAAGACCAAUGAGCAUAAUGAGGUCGACGUUCAACCGGUGGAACUAAAUGAUAACACGGAGAGAGAUGUCGAAGAGACAGCCGCAGACAAUGAAGCAGACAUUGAAACGGAAGCAUGACGGGCAAAUACACUUACGUGCUGCAUAACCACAUCCCGAUGUGCCUUACUUCAUUGUAGGUGAAAUUCUGCUCAUUUUUGAUGAAAAAGCAAGCAAGCGUGUUUCAAGAACAUUUUCACUUCAGAAUUGCGAAAAUCAGCACCGUUUAAAAUGCAUAGGUUUAGCUCUGUGUAAUGGCAUUUAUGGCAAUUAUUUCUUCUCUAACCUAAUUGACUGAAUCGCUUUGACUUACCCUCACUGACCAAUCAGGAAUAAAUCCGUUUUUUAAACCAA